AUGCUUUCAGUCAUUGCAUCAAAUGAUAAAAUAUCCAAAAACGAAGUUUUGGACAAUUCUCGUCCCGUUUGGUGGCAGAAAAAAGUCGAUAAAAGACCCGCUUUAGUGGUCAGCGAUGAACCGAUGGGUACUGGAGUCCCGACGUGGAAAGAGAUCGAUAUGUUUAGCUCCGAAGUGAGGAAAGGCCGGAGUUAUGCCUUCAGCGCCUCUCAUAGCGCUUCCCUCAAUACUAAUCAUUUGGUUACUUCGCUUCUCAUCAUAGUAUUCGUCAAUUUAUUUUCAUUUUUAAUAUAAGUUUCUUUUCGCUAUAUUUU